AAUCAUGAAGCUGUUGGUAGUGGUCUUGGCCCUGGCUGCCAUCUCCUUAGGAACUGCUAAGAAACUACCCGAUGAUCCUGAUCAUAUUAUCACCAAUGGAAAUCAAGCCUAUGAUGGGCAAGCGCCCUAUGUAGUGGGCAUGGCCUUUGGGCAGAGCAACAUCUGGUGCAGUGGAACAAUAAUCGGCGAUACUUGGAUCCUAACGUCAUCUCAAUGCUUAACUGGCAGUUCCGGAGUAACCAUCUAUUUUGGAGCCACCCGGCUGAGCCAGGCCCAGUAUACGGUGACAGUGGGCACCAGCGAGUACGUUACCGGAAAUCAGCAUCUCGCCCUGGUUCGUAUUCCGCGUAUUGGCUUUAGCAACCGUGUUAACCGGGUUGCUCUGCCAUCGCUAAGGGAUCGAUCCCAGCUUUACGAAAACUGGUGGGCCAGCGUCUGCGGAUGGGGAGUUACUACCUUUAACAAUGGCCUAACCGAUGCACUGCAGUGCGUCGAUCUCCAGAUUAUGCCCAACAACGAGUGCUCGGCUGUCUACGGAUCUACUACGGUUUCUGAUCAGAUUCUCUGCACCCGCACUCCCAACGGCAGGUCCACUUGCUUUGGAGAUGCUGGCAGUCCCCUGGUCACCAAGCAAGGAUCCACCGUUGUGGGGAUUUCAGCUUUCGUGGCUUCCAACGGUUGCACCUUGGGAUUGCCUGCUGGCUUUGCCAGGGUCACAGCUGCACUGGAUUGGAUCCGUCAAAGGACCGGAAUCUAUAACUAAAGGCUCAAGUAAUAGCAGAAUAAAGUAUGAAAUCUCUAAAACUGCA